UAGAUUACAGUAUAUCCGCUUAUACAUGGUCAUAAACACAUCUCUCAUGUUUACUUUUUCCAGCUGCACCAUUAGUCUGCUGAUAGCAGCACGUUAUACACCUCCAUUAGAGGGGGUUUUAUUUUCUGAUUAGUUUUGACAGAACUAACCACUGCCACAGGAAGUGAGCUUCACGCUUAGAUGGCAGAAUUAACAUAUCUCUUUAUCUCUACCAGGAAUGUGUGCUUUUUGCCUAUUUCUUUUAUGUCUGUCAGUUUAACUAUGCAAAUACAACAAGUUAGAAAUACACUUGGGUGAAGUUCUCCUUUUAUUUCUCGGUUUGAACAUUUUUAAGACCCAUUGAGAACAACGGAUUCCAUUUCAAGCAGCAGACAGGAUGAUGGUUCCUGAAGGGAUUCCUCUACUUCUGUUUGUAUCACUGAUGUUGUUUUUUCCUGCAGUUCUUCUUGAGGGCUCCUGCAUCAGUUCAAAUGAAGACCUAAUAAUUGUGCCUGAAAAAACAGAAACAACUUAUGAAGGGUCAUCUGUGACCAUCCCCUGUUCUUACAAAAAACCAAAGGACAAGACAUAUACACUGCUGUGGUUUAAAGAUCAAAUUUAUCUCAAAGACAUGAUGUUUAACGGGACUAUUGUAUACAGUAACAUGAAAGAACGUCCCCAGUCUCCGGGUUACUCCAGCAGAGUGGAAUACAUCACUGAUAAAAUGUUACAAGAAAACCAAAAAGACUGGAUAAAAUGUGAUUUAAGAAUCACCGAUCUGCAAAAGACAGACAGUGGGAACUACAACUUUAGAUUUAUUGGUUCAGACAAAAGGUUCAUGAGUAAAGCUCUGUCUCUCAAAGUUGAAGACAAUCCUUGUAAGGUGCACAUUGAAACGUCAGAUCUGAAGAAUCCACUCAAUGAGUCAGAAGAAUUUACUCUUCGCUGUUCCACAUUUGGCUCCUGUGAUUUUCAUCCUGAGUGGCUCGUCCAUACAUCAGGACAAAAGCAAGAAUGGAUGUCCUCCUUGUCAACUGAUACGAUUAUAGAGACUGAAGAGGGAAAAGAAGGCAGAAAGGUCACCAAAUUGAAGCUCAAUGUGACAUGGAAGGAUGACAACAGGAUUCUGUCUUGUCAUCCAGCGAAGAGUGAGGACAGCUGCCAGAUCAGGAAUAUCACACUGUUUGUGGAACAUGCACCUAAAGAGACAAAGGCAACAGUGAGCUCUGAGAAUGUAGAGGAGGGAGAUUCUGUCACUCUCUCCUGCACCAGCACAGGUCGCCCUGAUGUCAGCUUCUCAUGGUUCAAAAAAGAGAAAAUAGAAAAAUAUCAACAAAUGUCUGACUUGACACUAAUUAAUGUGAAACCAGAAGACAGUGGAGAAUAUUACUGUGAAGCUAAAAACAAGCAUGGAGCAAAGGAAUCAAAUAUCAUUACAAUUUAUGUGAAGUAUGGUCCACAAGGUGUCACAGUGCAACCUCCUGUCAACAUUAAUGAUCUCAAAGAGGGAGAUAAACUGACACUCCAGUGUUUAGUCCAGAGAGGUAACCCAGCAGUCUAUCAGUUUAUGUGGUACAAAAAUUCCCAAGCCCAGCAUGAAACUAGCGAGACAUUUAUCACCACUAAAGUUACUGCAGAGGACAGAGGAUCUUACCAUUGCCAGGCUGAUAACGGGAUAAAAACAGCAACAUCAAAUAACCUCGAAGUAUCUGUAAAGUAUUCACCAAGAAGCAUCAAAAUAGAGGGCACAACCUCUGUAAAAGUGGGCACUCCACUGACUUUGACAUGCUCAGCUGAUGCUGACCCUCGGCCACACACAUACAAAUGGAAGCACACACCUAGACUGUCUUCUGUCCCGUUAUCAAUGGAAACUGGACAGUUAAACAUUGAGAAUGUGACCAUUCAACAUGCAGGGCGGUACACAUGUGAUGUUACCAACACUAUUGGAACAGGAUCACACACCAUUAAAGUUGAUGUGCUUUAUCCUCCAUCUAAUCUCAAUUUGAUCAUGAAGAGGGAAGUGAGAGAGUUUGAAGUGAUCUCCAUUAUCUGCACGGUUCAAAGCUUUCCUGUGUCACACCUCACAGUGACAGGACCUCAGGAUGAUCUGACAUAUAUUCAGAACAAUCAAAGGAACAACACUGCAUCUGCAAACAAGUUGACAGUCUACUUGAAUGUCACCGAGUCAGAUGCAGGAACGUACAAGUGCAACGCAGAAAGUCAAGAGGGAAAACAAGAAACUAAACAAGAGCUAAUUGUGUUUCACGUACCCAAAAAUGUGACUGCAAGUGUUAAAGGAGAACAAACAUUUGGGAGUGAGCUGACCCUUACAUGUGAGGCUCGUGCCAAUCCUGCUCUGUCCUCAUAUGAGUGGAAGAAAUGCUUCAAUGGACAGUUAAAGACAAUUGAACGGAAACGUGGACAGAGACUACACUUUCUUUCUCUGGAAAUCUCUGACUCUGGUCAGUACGCCUGUAUUGCUCAAAAUUCCAUUGGAAAAAGAGAAUCUCUAUUAGUUGAGAUCAAGGUGAAAUAUGUUCCAAACAUAAAAAUGGUCCAUAACAUGACAACAUUAACUCAGUGGAAUUGGGAGUUUCCAGUCUAUCUGACCUGCAGUGCAGAUGCAUAUCCUCCUGCCACGGUCUACAAAUGGUACAGAGAGGAGGACAACACGACCGCACUGUCAGAUCAUCAGAACUUCACUGUUCAGCCUCAGAACCCAGGAAUCUAUUACUGUACAGCAGCCAAUGCUAUCGGACAAUCACGAUCCAAAAACAUCAUGUUAUUUAUUGGCAGUAACUCUCUUACGGUGUUCUACCAGAUCAUCUUACCCAUCAUUCUACUGUUGAUUCUUAUUUGUGUGGCCGUCUUUCUGAUACGCAGGACUAUCAUCAAGGCAAGAUCAGAUCAGCAAAGUGGAGCAGAUAAUCCUUUGUGCUUUUUUCCAGUAUUCCUGUCACGCUCUUCUACAGUGACAAACUUACUUUUAUUGGGAUCACGUAAUAAUACCCAGGAGAAUCUGUCAGUGGCGGGCAUUCCUGAUUCAGGUUAUGGAAGAGUUAAUCAAUCACGUCUGACACCCAAUUCCCAAGACCCUACUCGAGCACAGGACCCUAUUCCAAGGCCGAAAUCUAAUAUCCACACGGUGUAUGCUGCUAUUAAACUGCCACAAAUGAAACAGAGAAGACAGUCCCCAAAACAACAAAAAAAUGGAUAUAUGGACAAUGACGCAGCUACAUCUACCCUAAACUAUGUCACUCUUGAUUUCAAGGGGCAAAAUGAGCCAGAAAAAAGAGUACCUGAAGGAUCAGCAGUCUAUACUACGGUGUCAAAAAAUAAACAGACAAUGAAUUCCCAAUCAGAAAAUCCAGAUUAUGAGAAUGUUUCUUCUGCGUGUGUGCCAAAACUUCCAUGCACAAAUAUGGACUGGGAAUCUGAUACCAGCGAAGAAGAUGAAGUGAAUUACACCACUGUGUCUUGUUCUGCCAAGUCUGCUGUUAAAGAACCCAAACAUAAGCAGAAGAGCUGCCUUAGCAGUUCAAGCUCUGAUGACGAGGACAGAACAGUAUAUUCAGCCAUUAAUACAUAAACACAAGGAGUUUCCAAUUUAAGUAUUAAAACAAAGUAUUAUAUCCUUAAUCUGUAUUAUA